CCGCCCGCCUCCCUCGCCGGGAGUGAGCUGGCCGGGCCGCCCAGCCAGCCGCGGCUGCUCGCUGGCCGUCCGCGCGCGACUAUGCCGAGAUGGUCCUGCAGGCGCGGAGCAAGCACCGGGACGCGGCCCCGAGGCCGCCGCAGCCGCCCCGCGCCGCGGAGCCCGGGCCCGAGCGCGCGCCCCCGUCCCCCGGGCGCAAGGGCGCGGCGGGCCGGCGAGGAGCCCGCGGCGAGCCGGCCGUGCCGCCCCCUGGGGGUGGCCUCGCGGGGCGCCUGGUGGCCGCGCUGCGCGGGGCGCUGGGCCUGCGGCGCGCGGGGCGCGGCCGGACCUGGACCACGCUCGUGCUAGCUGCCUUCGCUGCAGUGCUGCACUGGAGUCACAUAACACACCUCUUUGAAAAUGAUCGUCAUUUUUCUCACCUCUCAACAUUGGAAAGGGAGAUGGCUUUUCGUACCGAAAUGGGCCUAUAUUAUUCUUAUUUCAAAACUAUUGUGGAAGCACCCUCAUUUUUGAAUGGAGUUUGGAUGAUUAUGAAUGAUAAGCUUACUGAAUAUCCUCUUGUUAUUAAUACAUUAAAAAGGUUCAAUCUUUACCCUGAGGUAAUUUUAGCCAGCUGGUACCGGAUCUAUACAAAAAUAAUGGAUUUGAUUGGCAUUCAGACCAAGACAUGCUGGACGGUCACACGGGGCGAAGGACUCAGCCCUAUUGAGAGCUGUGAAGGAUUGGGAGAUCCUGCUUGCUUUUAUGUUGCUGUGAUCUUUAUUUUGAAUGGAUUGAUGAUGGCGUUGUUCUUCAUAUACGGCACAUAUUUAAGUGGCAGCCGCCUCGGAGGGCUCGUGACAGUGCUGUGCUUCUUCUUCAACCACGGAGAGUGCACCCGCGUGAUGUGGACGCCGCCGCUCCGAGAAAGCUUCUCCUACCCCUUCCUCGUGCUCCAGACGCUGCUUGUGACGCGUAUUCUCAGGGCUACAAAACUUUAUAGGGGAAGCUUGAUUGCACUCUGCAUUUCCAAUGUAUUUUUCAUGCUUCCCUGGCAGUUUGCUCAGUUUGUGCUUCUCACUCAGAUCGCAUCAUUGUUUGCAGUCUAUGUUGGGGGGUACAUUGACACAUGCAAACUGCGGAGGAUCAUCUACAGUCACAUGAUUUCUCUCGCAGUUUGUUUUGUCUUGAUGUUUGGAAACUCAAUGUUAUUAACUUCUUAUUAUGCGUCCUCUUUGGUAAUAAUAUGGUGUAUACUGGCAAUGAAACCACAUUUCCUGAAAAUAAAUGUAUCUGAACUUAGUUUAUGGGUUAUCCAGGGAUGUUUUUGGUUGUUUGGAACUGUUAUACUCAAGUAUUUGACAUCUAAAAUCUUUGGCAUUGCAGAUGAUGCUCACAUCGGCAACCUGCUCACAUCAAAAUUCUUCAGUUACAAGGAUUUUGACACUUUGCUGUAUACCUGUGCGGCAGAGUUUGACUUCAUGGAAAAGGAGACUCCACUGCGGUAUACAAAGACAUUGUUGCUUCCAGUUGUCCUUGUCGUGUUCCUCGCAAUUGUCAGAAAGAUUAUCAGUGACAUGUGGGGUUUCUUCGCCCAACAGCAGACACCCAACAGGAAGCAGCAGUUUGAUCAUGGAGAGCUCGUUUAUCAUGCACUGCAGCUAUUAGCAUACACAGCCCUGGGCAUUUUAAUUAUGAGACUGAAACUCUUCCUGACACCACACAUGUGCAUUAUGGCUUCCUUGAUCUGCUCAAGACAGCUUUUUGCAUGGCUCUUCUGCAAAGUACAUCCUGGUGCUGUUGUUUUUGCUGUAUUAGCUGCUAUGUCAAUACAAGGUUCAGCAAACCUGCAAACCCAGUGGAAUAUUGUAGGGGAAUUCAGCAAUUUGCCUCAAGAAGAACUUAUAGAAUGGAUCAAAUAUAGUACAAAACCAGAUGCGGUGUUUGCGGGGGCGAUGCCCACCAUGGCCAGCGUCAAGCUCUCGGCGCUGCGGCCCGUGGUGAACCACCCGCACUACGAGGACGCAGGCCUGCGAGCCAGAACAAAAAUAGUAUAUUCAAUGUAUAGUCGAAAAACAGCUGAAGAAGUUAAGCGAGAAUUGGUAAAAUUACAAGUGAAUUAUUACAUUCUAGAGGAAUCUUGGUGUAUAAGAAGAUCCAAGCCUGGUUGCAGUAUGCCUGAAAUCUGGGAUGUGGAAGACCCCGCUAACGUUGGGAAGCCGCCCCUGUGUAACCUCCUGGUGAAGGAGUCCAAGCCUCACUUCACCACCGUGUUUCAGAACAGUGUUUACAAAGUCUUAGAAGUCAUAAAAGAGUGACUGCCUGCCAAGGCCGUGCCAGCACUGCUCCUCAGGCAGCGCCCCUCCUUAUGGAUUGUCCUUGAGACGACACCUCAGGGAUGCUCUCUGGUGCCCCGGGAACCGCCGAAGAGCAGCUGUCCUCUCCUGGUGCCAGCCCCGGGCAGGACAGCGGUCUGGGAGCACUGCUGGACAGCGUCACCCUGCCCGAGUGCACAGCCCCGCUGCCAGCCGUAUCUUGGGGCACUGCUUCCCAAGGGGCCCUGCCCCGCACCCCGUUCCCACCCUCACCGCCCCCUUUCUCAGUUGCCGGGCGACCUCUUUCUUGGGCUUCUGCCAGUUUCUGGGGACAGGACAACUGGUGGAGCAACGAGGCCACCAGAGCCCGGGGCGGUAGGGGUGCAUCUGCGUGCACAGGUCCUCCCUCGCCCUAGACGGCCGACUCAGUUAUGAUCUCAGUUGCUUCUUUUUCCAAGUCCUCCUUUUAAAGUUAUUCUGCAUUCUGUCACCUUCCAGUAACUUCUUUCCUAACAAGUUCACGUGGUUUCUACAUAGUGAGAACAUCAAGAAUCCCGUUAGGUCUACUUGGAAGCUUUCAGAAUUGUUGGAUUUGCUUUUGGUUCCAGAAGAAGCCUUUGUAACAAUCUGUAUUAACGUGACCCACCUGCCAGCUGUGUUCAGCUGAGUCAGACUUAGGCCUGGGCCUCUCGCACUUGCCGCCUUUGUCCUGGCUGGAAGGGGCCGGUGCUGUAGAUUGUAAAUAUCUUUUGUGGCAACAUGGAGUAGUAUAGGCUCUGUAUCCAUGACAAAGCAGUAUUAAAGCUCAGUCUUUUACAUAUUUUUAGCUUUUGAAAUAUUUUUGCUUUAAUGUGAAGAAAGUGGGCAAAAAGAUGAUAAAAAUAAUUAUUGUUAUGAAAUUUGAAUAACAAAGUCAGGAACACCUCUAAAAAAUGUAGAGGAAAAAGUGGGAGGAUGCUUCAGGAAUAAAGGGGUACUGCAUAGGAGGAUUGUAUUUUUAUGAAUUUUAUGCCAGUUGUUUACAUGUACUAUGUUAAAUAAAAAAGAUGAUAAAGUGGU